CAGUCCGAAGAAAUACUCAGCAUGUCUGGAAGAGGCAAAGGAGGCAAAGGUCUUGGAAAAGGAGGCGCCAAGCGUCACCGCAAAGUUCUUCGUGAUAACAUCCAGGGUAUCACCAAGCCUGCAAUUAGGCGUCUGGCUCGCCGUGGUGGUGUGAAGCGUAUCUCUGGUCUGAUCUACGAAGAGACCCGUGGUGUGUUGAAGGUUUUCCUGGAGAACGUGAUUCGUGAUGCUGUCACCUACACUGAGCACGCCAAGAGAAAGACCGUGACUGCCAUGGAUGUCGUCUAUGCUCUUAAACGCCAGGGUCGUACUCUGUACGGUUUCGGCGGUUAAAUAUCAAAUCUGUCCCUAGACCUAAACCCAAAGGCUCUUUUAAGAGCCACCCAAUUCCUUUCAAAAAAGCGGUGUUCUAGUUUGCAUAGUGGCGAAAAUAU